CUUCAACUUUAAAUUAUUAAUUCGUUGAAUGUUGGUGUCUCUUUGUCUUUUGGGUUAAAAUGCACCUGUCAACCAUCAUUGUCAUCGAAUAGUCUGUCAAAGUCUUCCAAGGAAACUUCCAAGUAAUUUCAUCUGGACCAAGAUUGUCUCUCCUCCCACUUUACAUCACCUGCAAAUCCCUCUUACUUCUUCAGUCAUUGAUUUAUGCUAAGUUAAUUUAAUGCUCUAGAUUUUGAAAUCUCAUCAACAGCACUGAGGCAUCUUUCAACCCAAUUUUCCUGACUUUUUCUGCUACCUCCCCCUCCUAUCUGCCUUCCUGACUCUUCCAAUUUUCCUAAACUUCACCUCCCGCCGAUUCGAUUUCUAGGUCACAAUCACAACAAAGUUGAUCAUCUAAACUUUUGCAACUCUGUCCUUAUGCCAUUUUACACCACUGCAUCUUCCUUGGGUCUUCCCAGAUAGGAUGGAAAAUGAUUGAUUCUGAUGAUUAUAGGCUAUGAGUUUGAAUGUAAGCGAUGACCACUAUAGAUGAAGGGAGGAAGCCAAGUUCUUGUUAUUGCAAAAGCAGCUAUGCCAUACAUAGAAAUUGCAGAGGCCAAUUUAUUGUUAUUUUGGACUUCUUGAGUCUGCAUUACCAGAGGCUUAAUUGAAAAUUUUGCUUCUAUUGUAAGUACAAGAGAUUGUAGGCAAAGUUGUUUUAGAAAAUGAUGAUUGAGACAAAAAUUAAAGUCAGUCAAAAAGGCUUUUGGAAAAAGCUCCUGAAUGAUGCAGUUCGAAAGUUCCGAAAGGACGACGCAGUUGAAGAAUUCUUGGAUGCAUAUAAGAUUCUUAUGCCCAGAAGGUAUUCAUAUUCAGAUAUUAAGAAGAUUACAAUGGAUUUCAAAGAUAAACUCGGACAGGGGGCCUUUGGUUCCGUCUUCAAAGGAGAGCUGUCGGAUGGUCUUCGUGUUGCAGUCAAGAUGUUGGGGAAAUCCAAAGGUGAUGAGCCAGAUUUCAUCAAUGAAGUUGCCAACACUGGAAGAAUCCAUCAUGUCAAUGUGGUGCAACUAAUUGGGUUCUGUUCUGAGAGAUCGAAAAGAGCUCUUGUUUACGACUUCAUGCCUAAUGGAUCCCUCGAAAAAUAUAUAUUUUCGAAGAAGGAAACAGGUGUUGUUCUUGGUUGGGAUAGAAUGCACGAGAUAGCUCUCGAUGUGGCUGGUGCAAUCAAAUAUCUACACGAGGGAUGUGAUAUACAAAUUCUACACUUCGACAUCAAACCUCACAACAUUCUUCUUGAUGAGAACCUCAAUGCUAAAAUCUCCGACUUUGAUCUUGCAAGAUUUUCCCCUAGAGAUCGUAACAGUCUUUCUCAUUGUACCGCAAGAGGCACGAUGGGAUAUAUAGCUCCAGAAAUGUUCUACAGAAACCUCGGAGGUGUUUCGUACAAAGCUGAUGUUUAUAGCUUCGGAAUGUUGCUAAUGGAAAUGACCGGUCGGAGGAAGAACUUGAAUGCAUGUGUAGAAAAUUCAAGCCAAAUAUACUUCCCUCUCUGGAUUUAUGAUCAACUAGAAAAGGGAUUGAGUGUUGAAAUUGUUGAUGCCUGUGAGAAUGAUAAUAAAGUAGCCAAGAAGAUGAUCAUGGUUGCAUUGUGGUGCAUACAACUGAAGCCGGCGGAUCGCCCUUCCAUGAGCAAAGUCAUAGAGAUGCUUGAAGGUGAAGUCGAAGCCUUGCAGAUGCCUCCGAAGCCUUUACUCUGUCCCCAAGAGAUGCUGAUGGAAGAUCCGGUUGAUGACACGGACAGUGAAGAGGAUGCGAUCUCCAUGGAAGUAGUUCCUCUAAAACAACUGAGUCAAGGAGUCUAUUCGAAAAAAUUCCGAAAGGACGAGGCGGUUGAAGAAUUCUUGGAUGCAUACAAGGAUCUUAUGCCCAGAAGGUAUUCAUAUUCAGAUAUUAAGAAGAUUACAAUGGAUUUCAAAGAUAAACUCGGACAGGGGGGCUUUGGUUCCGUCUUCAAAGGAGAGCUGUCGGAUGGUCAUCGUGUUGCAGUCAAGAUGUUGAGUGGAUCCAAAGAUGAAGGGCAAGAUUUCAUCAAUGAAGUUGCCAUAAUUGGAAGAAUCCAUCAUGUCAAUGUGGUGCAACUAAUUGGAUUCUCUUCUGAGAAAUCGAAAAGAGCUCUUGUUUACGACUUCAUGCCUAAAGGAUCUCUCGAAAAAUAUAUAUUUUCAGAGAAGGAAACAGGCGUUGUUCUUGGUUGGGAUAGAAUGCAUGAGAUAGCUCGUGGGGUGGCUCGUGCGAUCGAAUAUCUACACGAGGGAUGUGAUAUGCAAAUUCUACACUUUGACAUCAAACCUCACAACAUUCUUCUUGAUGAGAACUUCACUGCUAAAAUUUCCGACUUUGGUCUUGCGAGAUUUUCCCCUAGAGAUCAUAACACUCUUUCUCUUACUGCUCCAAGAGGCACGAUGGGAUAUAUAGCUCCAGAAAUGUUCUACAGAAACCUCGGAGGUGUUUCGUACAAAGCUGAUGUUUUUAGCUUCGGAAUGUUGCUAAUGGAAAUGACCGGUCGGAGGAAGAACUUGAAUGCACAUGCACAAAAUUCAAGCCAAAUUUACUUCUCUUCCUGGAUUUAUGAUCAACUAGAAAAGGGAUUGAGUGUUGAAAUUGUUGAUGCCUGUGAGAAUGAUAAGAAAGUAGCCAAGAAGAUGAUCAUGGUUGCAUUGUGGUGCAUACAACUGAAGCCGGCGGAUCGCCCUUCCAUGAGCAAAGUCGUAGAGAUGCUUGAAGGUGAAGUCGAAGCCUUGCAGAUGCCUCCGAAGCCUUUCUUCUGUCCCCAAGAGAUGCCGAUGCAAGAUCCGGUUGAUGACACGGACAGUGAAGAGGAUACAAUCUCCAUGGUAUAAGGGAAAUGCAAUGCCGAAUCAAUCUUUGUAAUUUUCGAAACCCCGCGUUGGUGUGGUGGAUUCUUAGCCUUUUAUAUGAAACAUUUUAAUUUAAUCUCAAGUUUUUUCGUGA